GGUUAGCCUCGUUAAAUGCUUCACUUCCGUGUAAAACAGCACAAGUCUACUGUACUUGCUGUAACAUUGACGCAUCUAAGAGUCGACGUUGCUUUUCAGGAAAUGAAGACGACUUCUCAACUCUGAGACUGAUGGAAUUAGCCGUUAAAUAUGAACAAAUUAUACAGAGGAGACGUGCACUGCUGGAGCAGAUGGAGGAGCGCAGACUGAAGCUGAGAGACCUUCGGCACCAGCACAGAGAGAGGAGUGAAGCUGCCCACCGCAGGAACCAAAAACUAUUACAGGAACUGGAGACUCUAGAGCAUAAUCUGAGAGAGGCGCAGCUGCCAUCCUCAUCAGAGCAGGAGCUGGAGAGCAGAUACUGGGCGUCUGUGGAGGAGUCUAUCCCAGCCUGGGAGCAUCUUCUGCUGGGUAAAAGUCCCCACCACCCCACUGAUGCUGCACCAGCUGGAGGAGCAAAACACAAACGCAGAAGAACCAAAGACAUAGGUCUGCCCCCUCUGCCUGGCCCGGCCAGCCAGACUAGCUCUUCUAAAAGAAAAAUGCUCACAGCGGUUGGCAGGGCUGGCUGAAUUCCACUUUAGAGCCUAUAUCGAUCGAGCUUGGGCGGAUGUCUUUCUACCGUAGCCUGCUAAAGUCUGGUUGUGUGGUGCUAUUCACAUUGACUGUUGCAAUAAGUAGGCUAAGAGUGUGUGUGUACAUAGGCCUUUUGUUCUGAUUGAUUUCUGUUCAGUUUUAGAUGCACAUGUUGUCUGCAGCUCUUCUUUGCUAGGCUAAUGAAGUCCCUGAUUGGUCUUUAAUCAGUGGACUUUUGCGCACGGCAGUCUCAGUCACAGUCGGAGUUAGCUUGUGUGUACCAAAAGGCAAAAUAAACCCUUUCUUUGUGUCUGAAGUGUAAAUACCACAGACCCAAUGCAUCAAACAUGGGGUUUGCAGAAAGAAUAUCAUGCGGUAUUGUUGUUACAUACAUACAUACAUAUAUACAUACUAACAUACAUACAAAUAAACAUACAUACAUACAUACAUAUAUUCAUGACUUUCUGAAAUGAGUGACAAAAAAUACUGCACUUUGUCAUGAUAUUCUAAUUUUUUGAGAUGUACCUAUACUGGGGAGUACUUGCAUCGGAGACCGCUGAGAAUACCAGGUGCCACAAUGGAGCAGUAGGGGCUCUAGUGCACACUGAAGUUGUGUCUUUCAGCAAAACACUUCAGUUCACCCACCUUGUCUAGUAGGUAUAUAACGAUAUACAAAUCUCAAGGUACAAUAAUAUCACAAUAUGCAUUUCACAGUGAUGCAGAUUGGCAGUCUCACUUCUGUCAGUCUACCCCAGGGCAGCUGUGACUACAAUAGCAUCUUACCAUCACCAAGUAGGUAUCUGUACUUUAUUUUUAUAUUUUAAGGUGAAUACUUUCUUGUGCUUUACUACAUUUGAGAGCAGGUCAGGAUCUGUACUUUCUGCUCCACUAUGUUUUAAAUUGGACUGAAAGUAUUUUUUUAUUAUACUUUAAGAUCUGUUGAAAAGGAAGAGGGGUUAUUUUUAGCACAUUAAUAGUUUGAGCAAACAAAAAUAUACAAAUAAAAACAGCUUGGGAAAAAAUAUUAAUUAAUUUGUUUCUGUUGAAAAAGAUUUGCACAAAUCUUUAUCAAAAUCAAUACAUUUGCAGUUUAUUAGAUCUCAAUCUGCACAAAAUAUUUAAUAUAAUAUUUUUUAUUACUAAAGUACAUAAACUGGUACUAUAAUACUAUAGUACUUUCUUCAUGUGAUACUUUUGCUUUUACCUGAGUUUUGUUGUUGCUUGUUUGUUUUGUUUUUUUGCUCCAGUCUCUAUACAAAAAAAUCAAGCACUUCUUCCACCACUGGUAUAAAUAUAUAAAAUCCAAAGGUUUAUUAUUAUUUGUAGUAGUAUUUUACACUAAGCAACAACUGCUCUUUGAUUUAGUUAUCAGGUCAGACGUUCUGUUAAUGUUUAUUUUCUUGGUGAUUUGUAUAUUGUGUCCUGCAGAUGAAAGGAGGAAUAGCUAAAUUAGACUUAGACACAGACACAGACUUGAUACACAAGAGCAAUUAUUUAGACAUAGUAGCUCACAAUAUAAUGUAGUAACACAUGUGCAAGAAGUAUUAAUGAGUAAAGUUAAGGGCUUCUGAGAUAUGGGGGGAAGGGCCAGAGGAGCCUCCCACCAGAGUCGUGUGAGGUCAAAGAGAUUUGUAGUGACCGGACAUCCCAGAUCUACUCCCCCUGUGCAUUAUGGGACUCAGGGACAGAGCAUGUGUGCGCGCUCAGUGCACAGAAGACAGAGCCAGAUCAGAGCUGGACAAAGAGACACACAAUAAUGAGCUUGUAAUUAGCUUUGCAGGAUCUACGUUUUAAUAGAAUAUCUCCUUUUUGCAUUACAUAACCACCACUCAUUUUAGUCUAUUUCAUUAAAGCGUUUCCCAUUGUCCGAAAUAACAAUAUGUUUAGUUUUAUAUCUACAAACUUGAGGUUUGUGUGUCUGUGUUGGAGCUCCUUAGUCAUAACUGAAAACUGUACUGUAACUGAUUGUUGUGCGUAGUUAUUUGUAAAAUAUUCUGAAUUUUAAACUAUAAGACCAUUUAGAAGAGUUUUUCUGAAGUUUAAAAAACUGUGGAAAUAUUAACUUGGCCUUAUGAAAUGAUUCCGUAGUUUGGUAUUGUCAUUUAGCACAGAGCAGCCUUUUUGUGACAUCAGUUUAAAACGACAGGUUAUAAACCUGCAACAGUGAGGUGUGUGAGUGUGGAUGCUCCUGAGUACCUGGUUCUCACACACAGCACACAUGCUGCUGCUCAGAGCUCACAUCAUGUGAUCAGUGUUGUUCAACAUAACGUCUUAAAUAGUUCUCUUGUAUUGAGCCCAGUCUUUGGGUGGAUGUGAGAGGAGCAGCUCAGAGCAGAGCUCAUUAACCCCUCACUCCUCACAAUAGAGCGCAGCUUAUUGUGGCCGGGCUGAGAGGACUCUAACGAGGCCGGAGGGGGCCCAGGCGGGCAGCUUCUGAGCAGCUUUUGAGCUGCUCCUGCUCAAUAUUUGUCUCAACUACUGCAAACCUAUAACAAACAUGUGAACAAGGCAUGGAACAAGAGGACAGCCUUUUGUGAGCGAUGCUCUGAGUGACAUCUGUCUGCUCUGUGCAUAAAACAUUAACAUGUUUUAGUGUGGAAACAUCUAUAAGUUAUAUUGAAUAAUUCAACUUUGCAAUCGGCAUUUUGUGGCAGGCUGACAUGAUUUGAAAUAACAUUGAAGUAUAUAAUAUUACAAAAACACUGCAAAUGUAUUUACAGAUAUAUUUUUAAAAUGAUAUUCCAUGUUAACUAAUACCACAGUCACAUCUGUUUUCUAUAGAAAAUGUAAAGCAGUUCUUUAUUAGUCUUCCAGCUCUGAUGGUGCAGGCAGCAGCUGAAGUGGACAAUGGUGCUGCUCAGAUGUUGUGGGAAAGUGGCUCCGUGGCCCUCACACCCCUCCGGAUAAAAAGCUGCUAACUGGGGAUGCUUUAAUUGGAGUUUCAUGUGGGCUAAACUGAGGGGAAACUGAUGUAAGUUAACAUUUGGUAGACUUAAUUGGUCCUUUUCACGGAGCGCUCCUCAUCAGGCACUUGUGCGCGCCGCUAAAGCUCCCCGCUAAUCUCCAUUUACCACCAAUUCAGCGUGCACAAAAGUCCUGCUCUUUCUUCUCUUCCUGUCCCGGCCAGACUUUGUGCUGGCGCAGAUUCACUGAGGUGGGGGUUGUUCAGGGAUGGCCUCUUGUUGUUGACAGAUGAUUACUGUGGGGGGCCAUGUACGAGCCCCCUCCUCUCCUCACGUGCACACGCCUCAUCAAAGCUACGUGCACGCUGCUGCUCAGAUGUGUAGGGCUGCAGGGAAAAGGCCAGUCUGGGUUCACAUCACUGCAGUGGACACAAACGCUUUGUCACAUUAUUAUAUUACCCACUUCCACUGAUUAGAAGACUAAUAUUUGUUUGUUAUUAUCUCAAAGUGUACACUGAAGUAGUGUUGCCACAAUACCAUUUUUUUUAACUCAGUGUAGACACAAAGGAACAGACUUGAUGCUCCAUAACAUUUUUGAUGCCACUUUAACAAAAUACAACCUGUUUUUGUUAAUAGAAUGUAUUUUUCACAAACUAAUGUGUACCAUGUGUUUUUAAUACUACUAGUAAUACUACAAGACUAUUCCGCAACUAUUCAGGAAAGGUAAAAUUUUGUGUUAUUUAUGGGAUUCUUUUCAUUAUUGACAUUUCUUCAAAAGAGUAUCUAGUAAACUUUUGAACGUUUGACACAUUUGUGAUUUGUUUCAAUUCAAGAAUACAACACUAAUCAUGUUACUAUAUCAAAGUCCUUCUCUUCCCUAGUUAGUUGUGAAUGCUAUUAUUUUGAACAGGAUCAUGUUUUCCUUUGUUUCAUGACAUGUGAACAGUCUAAUAUUAAUUGUAAUCAACAUUAUGUUAUUUUGGAUGUAAAGUUUAAGCGGUGAUAUAGUGCAGUGUGGUCAUGCUAAACAGCAGUGAUGAAGAUGCAGUAGAAAGUACAAUCUGGUACAUAAAUACAUGUACAUAAAUACACAUAUUGUUGAACAUUUGGGAACAUUUAUAAUACAUUUAUUUAUUAUUAUAGAAUCACCACCCCACAUCAUCUGCAUGCCUGAAGCUUUGUUGCACACAUACUACUGCAUUUUGUGUCUCUUGACUCUUUUAGCCUCUGUAUCAAAUAAUGCUCACUUGUCACGAGGUGGUGCUGUUUCCCUGCAUGCCCGUGUAGUCAAUAAGCUUUUGGUACAACUUCUAUUUUAAAACAUUUGAUAUAAAUAUUCCUACUUCUGUGGUCAUUUAAUAAAGUCUUAGCAGAUGUAACAUUCAUAUUAUGUUGGCUAUUAGAUUGCAGACAUUUUGUUGUUUUAUCAACAGAAAAUGAGGAACUGCCUACUUUUACUUUUAAACAGACAAAGGUGGUGAAAAUCUAGACUAUGCAGGCUUAAUAAAAAAUCAAUACAGCGUGAUAUUCUGCAAAACCCAUGGCUAUUCCUGACUAUAGUAAACGCCUCGCCAGAACGUGCUGCGAUAUUUUCUUUUGCUUUUCGUUUGGCUUAAUUAAAAUAUUUAAAACUCACGCAACUGACGAUCACUUUAUCUGUGUGCCUUUAUCCGUUUUGCCUUUCUCAUUCCCCCAUGUGCCCAGACCCGUGAUGCUCCGUUAGUUCACCGCGAGAGCGCGUGUGGCAGGCAAAACUGCGCGUGCAUGUGCCGGGCUACCGCAGACCGGCUGCUGAGCGCGCGCUUAAUUGGCUGUUAAUAGAAAGCGCGCCAUUGGGGAGCACGGAGCGCGCUCUUGGUGAAUGUGUGCAGGGAGACUGAGGGAUAAUAUUGUUCCAGGGGCCGUGCGCGGAAUACACCGGGCCCCAUUAGGACGGGCCCUGAGGACGAGCGGCCCGAGUGCUCGAUUAGUGCGCGCUGCCAGCCGCCUCACGAGGCCGGUUAGCUCUUUAAUGCAAUUCUGUGUGAAGUGUCCGCUCUUCAUCAUUUGCACCAUUACCACACUCGAGAGUAAAUGUUGGAUUAUUAAGAUCGUGUCUGUCAAUAAAUAUGGAGCCGGGGUCUGCGCCCGUAAUAACCGGAACACGAGCGAAUAAUCACCUCGACAGCCGAACAGUUGCCUAUAUUUGUGUAGCUCCAUCACGCUACUUUGUCUUUUCCAGAGCAAGACGUUUGGUAAAGGAAAAGCACCAAUUAAACACAGUUGUAGUUCAUACAUUACGCACAUACAGGCCGAUCUUAAUACCUGAACUAUACCCAGUUACGUGCGUCUUUUUUCUUGGUCUCGGUAAAGUCUAAUCACUCUGAGGGUCAAAGCGUCCAAAUGACUGGAGAUGAUUUUCAAUAUGUGAUUACCAAGUCAAUAUUUACUUUUUACGCAUGCCAUAUAAUCUGAUUUAGGUUUGGAUUUUUGAGCGUGGCUUGCGUGAAUUAACAUGUUUUGUUCUGUAAUUAAAAAGUCUAAUAUUUACUAUAAAUAAUUGGAACAUCAGUAUUUCUUUUACAGACACCAACAAGUUCAUUCAUCAGUUCACGCCUAUCAAACACCAGACUUUUCCCUAUACCCAAAAACAUUAUUUAUUAUAAACUCUAGGACGAUUUUAUCCCGCAGAUUAGACCUAAAACUGAUGACCGAUCUCAAAAAUCUCGUUUUAUUCACAAAAAAGACAACCAUCUAAUUUUUUACUAUACUUUUUUAUUACAUUUUCAAAAACUGCAAACAGUGUCUCCCACAUUCAUGUUUAAUAUAAUUUAUUCAUUCACAUUAUGUUUGUGAAAUAUACAUUGUGGCGAUGUGCUUCUAAGAGCUUUUAAAUAACAUUUCAUUUCUUUUAUUUGUACAAGUGGUCUACUCAGUCUAUGUCUACACCAACGCUUUUCACUUUUAAAGGCAAAAUCUGUCUCCAGCUGUUGCAUUGUGGGAAAAAUGCAUCGUACAGUUUAUCAGAAUGUACUGCAUUUGUCCAAAAUUACUCCUGAUCCUUUUUGCGUCUGCCACCACAGCGAAAUAAAUGAAAAGACAUUGCGUAGAAGUAUAGCUUAAGAGCUCCAGUCCUUUUUGCAUAGAGGUGGGGUAGAUUUGGCAUAUAUAGUCCUUUAUUGCCUUCCCUCCCUCCCCCGUGCACAGCUGUGGAAAUGCCCGUUCAACUGGGCAGGUCCCGGGCACCCUCCGUGUUCACCGAGUAGCUGUUGUCAUGGAGUUUGCGUAUGUGUUUCUUGAGGUCAAAGUUGCGGCAGAAGCCCUUUCCGCAGGUGGAGCAGGUGAAGGGCUUCUUGUCAUUGUGCGUGUGCAUGUGGAAGGUCAGGUUGUAGAUCUGGUGGAAGGCCUUGUUACAGAUGGAGCACUUGUACUGCUUCUCCCCGCUGUGCGUCAGCUUGUGGUUCUUGUAGUUCCCUGUGGGAGAGGGGCAGUCCAGAGUCAGCACAGAGAAGAGCCAAAAACAACAGAGCAAUAGAAGAAAUAAAAGUAAUAAUAAAAAGUAAUAAA